AGCUGCUAUUUUUGACAGUUUCUUUCUGUAUCAAUCAAUUGUAUUUUUCUCGAAAAUGGAAACAUGAAAUUGGAAAUAUCCAUCUACAAUAGUUUAGUUAGUGCUAUUUGUUUGUAAAUAAUUUAUUAACGAUUCAUCUUACAGUCGAUUUAGAAGAGCAAACAAGCAGUGUCAUUUGUAAACCUCGGGUUUAUUUCUUUCACAAAUAUGUAUGUUGAAAAACAGUUUUCAUGGAUUAUUUUACUCUUUUUGGUGGGAUUCACGUAUGGAGAUAUUGCAUCGACGCAAUUAACAGACGAUACAUCUCAGACAAAGCCUAAGAAUGUUGCUUGGGAUAGCAAUGUUUCUGGUGAAAGACUGUCAAGGUCAAAAAGGCUAAGCGAUAGUAAUUCUAGCGAACCAAAUUCAAUGACCGAAAUAUCAAAAUCUUCCUUUUCCUCUACAUCUACAUCUACAACUGAAAGCUCCCAUAUUGUCUAUGAAGUCGGACCAUCAGAUUCAUCAAUAUUAGCAGUUGUUCAAGUGAAUGCAUCGUCAUCAUCAGCAACACCGAAUGCGUCAAUGCCUAGUCCCUCUGAUGCCGCGCCUUUGCCUGAAAAAAGUUCAGCAGAAGAUGAGCACAACAGUUCUAUGUCUAUAUUUUUUGUGCUGUGCAUACUUGCCCUGGGAAUACUACUGAUUCAUCUCAUGUUGCAAACUGGAUUCUCAUAUCUACCAGAAAGUGUUGUUAUAGUAUUUCUAGGUGCACUUAUUGGUAUGAUUAUUAAUCUUAUGUCCAUUAAAAAUAUAGCAAAUUGGAGGAAAGAAGAAGCAUUUUCCCCUACAGCAUUUUUCUUGGUAUUGUUACCACCUAUUAUUUUUGAAUCUGGCUAUAAUCUUCAUAAGGGUAAUUUCUUUCAAAAUAUUGGAUCAAUAUUAUUAUUUGCUAUAGUUGGCACAGCAAUAUCAGCAUUUGUGAUUGGAGCUGGAAUAUAUUUACUGGGCCUGGCACAAGUUGUGUACAAAUUAAGUUUUGUGGAAUCAUUUGCUUUUGGGUCUUUAAUAUCAGCCGUAGACCCUGUCGCUACCGUGGCCAUUUUCCAUGCUCUGGAUGUUGACCCUGUCCUGAACAUGUUAGUGUUUGGUGAGAGUAUUCUUAAUGAUGCUGUGGCUAUUGUCCUGACCACUGCAGUGUUAGGUUCCAAUGAUCCCAUUAUGUCAACAGGAGAAGCUAUUUUAUCAGCUAUUAAUAGAUUUUGGCUAAUGUUUUUUGCAUCUGCUGGGAUUGGAGUUCUGUUUGCUCUUGUCAGUGCUCUUUUACUGAAACAUGUUGACUUACGGAAAAAUCCUUCACUGGAAUUUGGAAUGAUGUUAGUUUUUACAUAUGCCCCGUAUGUUCUAGCUGAGGGCAUUCACUUAUCAGGCAUAAUGGCAAUAUUGUUUUGUGGGAUUGUAAUGUCUCAUUACACUCAUUUCAACUUAUCAACAGUUACUCAAGUUACUAUGCAACAAACAAUGAGAACCUUGGCCUUUAUUGCUGAAACUUGUGUUUUUGCAUAUUUGGGACUGGCUAUUUUCAGUUUUAAACAUCGUGUAGAACCGGCACUUGUUGUAUGGAGCAUAGUGAUGUGUCUUCUCGGGAGAGCUGCCAAUAUCUUUCCUCUUGCAUUGUUAUGCAAUAAAUUCCGAGAGCAUAAAAUUACCAAAAAAAUGAUGUUCAUAAUGUGGUUUAGUGGUUUAAGGGGAGCUAUUUCCUAUGCAUUGUCUCUGCACCUGGGAUUUUCAGAUGAAACUAGACAUGUGAUUAUAACAACCACUCUCAUUAUAGUUCUGUUUACUACCUUAUUCUUUGGGGGAUCUACCAUGCCAUUACUGAAUUUCUUACAGGCAAACAAAAAAUCUAAGAAGUCACGAUCACUGCGCAAACAGAAAGAAGUCAGUUUGUCGAAAACUAAGGAAUGGGGACAAGCUAUUGAUUCUGAACAUUUGUCAGAGAUAACUGAGGAAGAACUAGAGGUAAAUUAUUCUCAUGCAACGAGAAUAAAAGGCUUUGUGAAAUUGGAUAUGAAGUAUUUAACUCCUUUCUUCACCAGACGAUUUACGCAUCAGGAAUUAAAGGACUGUAAGAGCCAAAUGACCGACCUUACAAACCAAUGGUAUCAAGCUAUAAGGAUAACAAACGAUCGCGAGACAGAUGAGGAAGAAAGCCUGCAACCAAGUUCACUAUCAAAUUCGCGUAGUAGCUUACAAAGAGGUGUAUAGCUAAUGUAAGUGGAUCAUAGCUAACGUAAAGUGAAACGUUACACGUAACUAUUACAAUAUAUUCAUUGUUUAUGUAUUUAAAUUGAAUGAGCAGGGUGGAGUCAGCAACAAGGAAAUAAAUGUAAAUAAAUUAAAUACCUUUAUAAAAGUUCGGGCGAGGAAAUUUAAAAAAAAGUGAUCUUUGGACGAAAAGUUAAUGGGUUAAAGAUCCUGUUGGUGAGUAGUUCGUAGUUCAUUGAUCAAUCGAUUGUUGGUGAACGGUUUCACAAUCGAAUAAUAUUCAAUCUAUAAAAUUAAGAUGACACGCUUUUAUGACACAUGCCUUAUACAAAAAGGUCUUAUAUUCAUUGAUUAGUAUCUGAAAGAUAUUUCCAGAACCACAUUUUGGAAGAAAAUAUUAAAAAUUGUAGCCUAAGCUUGGUAUUGGUGGUAUUGUAUUGUACGAUGAAUUAGCUUGGAUGUGACAUUACAAUAUAAUAUACAGGCGACAGUCCAUAUAAGAUAAACAAUGCGGCGUCUUACGUAAUUGCAAGAGCUACUUUUCUACAAAAUGUAUAGAAUGAUGUGCUGUCGACUGUACCUAUGUAUUACGAACCUUAACUUCGAAGUCCUAUGUUCUUUUGUUCCAAUGUCAGCUUAACUUUCCCCCAGGACAAACUUGACCUUCACUGGUUGAAGAUCCUGGCUACACAGGAGUUCCAAUGGUGGGAUCGAACGAGAGGUGGGAAUAGUCCUGCGCACCUAACUACCUAUUAUGUAUAGGUACAUAAUUAAAUUUAUUGUCUCGUGGCAUCUCCACCCUGUUUGACUUGAGAAUUCUUGUCAUUCCUGGACUAAAAACUUUAUUAUCCUUGUAAAAUUGUGUUUUAUUUACUUUAAAUGUAUAAUAAAUUAUACAAAAUAUUCUUGAUUUUAGUCAGAGGAAAUGUGAUAAUAAGUAAUUUGAUUGUUAUUAAGUAUAUUACCGACAUUUUGGUUGUUUAAUGCCAAAGUACCUGCUGUUUUAAAAGAUGCUAUACUUACAUAAUACAGGAUGUCUGUCUAGUAAUAAUGAGGCCGCUAACUAACAAACUAUUUUUUUUUAAUUGAUAACAAAGAAUUAAGCUAUUCUACUGAAUUCAAAAUGAACAAUCCCAACUAAUAUUAUAAAUGCGAAAGUAACUCUGUCUGUCUGUCUGUCUGUUACGCUUUCCCGCUUAAACCUCGCAACCGAUUUUGAUGAAAUUUGGCAUAGAGAUAGUUUGAGUCCCGGGAAAGAACAUAGGAUAGUUUUUAUCCCGGUUUUUGAAACAGGGACGCGCGCGAUAAAGUUUUUCUGUGACACAAAAAUCCACGCGGGCGAAGCCGCGGGCGGAAAGCUAGUAUAAUAUAAUCUAGAAGAUUAACAAAAU